UUGUGGCAAAUAAUUAAUCCAUAUAUUUGAAAAUCAAACGAUUAGUUGAAGGGAAACAAAAUCUUCUAGACUGGAAAACAAGGUAUCAGAUCAUUGUCGGUAUUGCUCGAGGGCUACUUUAUCUACAUGAAGAAUCUCAGCUCAAGAUUAUUCAUCGGGAUUUGAAAGCCAGCAACAUCCUAUUAGAUGAGAAUAUGAAUCCCAAAAUCUCGGAUUUUGGUCUAGCAAAACUAUUCUGUGAAAGCCAAACUCACGGCAGUACAAAUAGGAUUUCUGGUACUUUUGGGUACAUAGCACCAGAGUAUGUUAUGAAUGGAAAGUUUUCGACCAAAUCUGAUGUCUACAGCUUUGGUAUCUUGGUUUUGGAAAUCAUUACCGGUCGAAGGAACUCUAGCUUUCGAAACUCAACAAAUCUUCAAAGCCAUGCAUGGGAACAUUGGAGCAAAGGAACAGCUUUGGAGCUAAUGGACCCAACCAUGGGGGAUGAGUGGCCUAGACAUGAAGCUUUGAAGUGCAUCCAAAUGGGUUUGCUAUGUGUUCAAGAAGCUGCUGCUAAUAGACCCAAAAUGUCAGAGGUUGUUUUGAUUCUUGAUGGUUAUGCUGUAUCUCGGUCAAUGCCUUCAAGGCCAGGAUUUUUUAUUUCGGAGGAAAGUGAUGAUUCAUUAUUGGUUUUAGAUUUUCAAUUGGACGAGUUUACUACAAAAGAAUCACAUCAAUCAGUUAAUCAGGUCACGAUUACUGAAUUAAACCCCCGGGAUUGAAAUGUCAAAACUUGAAUGCUUUUUCUUCUGUAUUUCCCCAUCACAAUUACUGAAUUGUUUAUUUAUAUAUCAAUCGUUCUCUCA